AUGAUGCCAGAACUCUCUCUUCUUUCUGAAUCGACUGAUAUAUCGGGAUGGCUGCAUCAGUUUUCAGAAUUCAACUGCGGAACAACCCUCCAGGUCUUCGUACCAAUCGCUGGGGAGACAACUAUAACCAAAGCCGCAGGAAGUCCUUCGCAAGGAAUUUAUCCGCCCGAGAUCGAGGGUGACUUUAAUAAAUCAUCUGUUCUUUCCCAGUUUACCGAUCAGCCGGGACGACCGAAUCAGUUGGUAGAGUUUAAUUCCUCUGGACCAAGCUUUCAGGGCUCUGUACCGAUGACCGAAAGGACCCCUAAGACUGGAGACCUGGGCAGCCCUUUAAAAAGAUUGAUCUAUCUAAGGGCAACUUUGAUAGAUCUAGAGGCAUGGGCCGACGAGACCACCGAGACAAAGGCCAAGGUAUCUUAA